CUCUGCAGCUCCUGGUCCGGAUCCGGCCGGCGCGGGGCACGGAUCCCCCCGGCCCGCGCCCGCUGCACCCCGAUGUGCUCGCCGCUCGCCAGAAGCCCGGCCCCGCUCAGAGGCUGCUGCUCGGCUCGAGGCCGCACCCGCCCCGCCGACUCGCGGCCCCAGGCGCCUUGAGGAGCCCGGGAAGAGGCCGACGCCACCCAGCGCCGGACGCCACCCAGCGCCAGACCGAGAGCCACCCGACCGGAACGCGGAGCGCUCGAGGAAGUUUGUCCCCUUUCGCGCGCCGUGCUGCCGUGUGGGAGCGCGCGGACAUGGGCGAGACCAUGUCCAAGAGGCUGAGGCUGCACCUGGGCGGGGACGCGGACAUGGAGGAGCGGGCGUUCGCCAACCCCUUCCCGGACUACGAUGCCGCCGGUGUCGCGGGGCUUGGGGCUGGGGCGGCCGAAGAGGCAGGUGGCGCUCGCCUCCCGCCCGUCGCCGACGAGCCAAGCCUCCCUUUCCACCCGGACGGAAAGAUCAUUCAAAAUUUCACUAAAAGGAUCCAGACCAAAAUUAAAGAUCUUCUACAGCAAAUGGAAGAAGGGCUGAAGACAGCUGAUCCUCAUGAUUGCUCUACUUAUACUGGUUGGACAGGCAUAGCCCUGCUGUACCUGCAGCUGUCCCGUGUCACUGGUGACCAGACUCACCUGCUGCGGUCCCUGGAUUAUGUCAAGAGGACGCUUCGGAAUCUGAAUGGCCGCAGGGUCACUUUUCUCUGUGGAGACGCGGGGCCACUUGCAGUGGGAGCUGUGGUCCAUCAUAAGCUAAAGAGUGACUGCGAGUCCCAGGAGUGCAUCACAAAACUUUUGCAGUUGCACAGAACUGUCUGCCAGGAGUCUGAGCUCCCUGAUGAGUUGUUAUAUGGACGGGCAGGGUAUCUGUAUGCCUUACUGUACCUGAACACAGAGAUUGGCCCAGGCACUGUGUGUGAAUCUGCUAUUAAAGAGGUAGUCAAUGCUAUUAUUGAAUCUGGCAAGACUUUGUCAAGGGAAGAAAGAAAAACUGAACGCUGUCCCUUGUUGUAUCAGUGGCACAGGAAGCAGUAUGUUGGAGCAGCCCAUGGCAUGGCUGGAAUCUACUACAUGUUAAUGCAGCCAGCAGCAAAAGUGGACCAAGAAACCUUGACUGAAAUGGUGAAGCCCAGUAUCGAUUAUGUGCGCCACAAAAGAUUCCGAUCUGGAAAUUAUCCCUCUUCAUUAAGCAAUGAAACAGAUCGCUUGGUGCACUGGUGCCACGGUGCCCCUGGAGUCAUCCACAUGCUCAUGCAAGCCUAUAAGGUGUUUAAGGAGGAGAAGUACCUGAAAGAGGCCAUGGAGUGCAGCGAUGUGAUUUGGCAGCGAGGUCUUCUCCGGAAGGGUUAUGGUAUCUGCCACGGCACUGCUGGCAAUGGCUACUCGUUCCUGUCCCUUUACCACCUCACACAGGACAAGAAGUACCUGUACCGAGCCUGCAAGUUUGCAGAGUGGUGUCUGGACUAUGGAGCGCAUGGGUGCCGCAUCCCCGACAGGCCCUACUCCCUCUUUGAAGGCAUGGCUGGAGCUAUUCACUUUCUCUCCGAUGUCCUCGUGCCAGAGACGUCACGGUUCCCAGCAUUUGAACUUGGCUCUGCCCAGAGAGAUUAAAAAGGUGCAAUAAGACAACUAAAAUACCUGUUGGACCAAAAGCCUCCAGAUUGCUCAGUGCCUGACACAACCAACUCUGAAUCCUGAAAGAAAAGAAGCAGACACCUUCUGCUUCUCACCUUCUGUGUUGCAGAAACCCUCAAGUUAGAGCAUGAGUGACAGAAGCCAUCCCCUCAGCAUUUGUGACAGUGUGCCCUCAGUGUGUGAAAUACGAUUUCUUCAUAUCCAUUUCCUGUAGUGCUUGCAUGUUCCCUGGUGGUGUCCGCAGGUGUGAGCUGUUCUCUUCAUGCGUGCAGUGCUUGGCUUGCACAGGUUCCAUUGGCGGCCGCUUUCUGUAUCUAAUGCGUAAGGGUAUCGUCUCUGUGGACAGGCAAGAACUGUUAGGAGGUCUCCUGUAUGUUAGAAAGGUCAUCAAGGGUGGCCUCCCAUUGAGGUCUUGGCAUUUUCCACGGGUGCCUUUCUGAAGAAUGCCAAAAAAAACCCACCACUGCAAACACUGAACAGGAACAGUAGGCAGGAGGGAAUCUGCUGGGACAUUUGGGAAAGCACAGUCAGAGCCACCCCAGUCCAUGUGUUGGGCUGGCCUGGGGCUGUCGAGAAGUAGGAGGGGUUGCAGGGACUGUUUCAUGACCCUCACCUGAGGUCAGCGGGGCUCCUUGAGGACCAGGACAGCCUGGUGGUGAACAUCACGAUGCCAUGAGCGAUGUUUACUGACCACAUGGUGAAUAGCAGGGACUGAGCACUGGUAAGGCUAGAGCAUUUGCCCAGGCAUGUAUUAUUACGAUGGCUUCCAUCCCAGUUGUACCAAAUGGUGACUUAAUUAUUAUAGGGACAGUGGAUAAAUUGGAAAUGGGUGAUUGUCAAACGUUUGAAAUAAGCUGAGUUGUAAGUACAUAGAGCUAGUUGAAAAUUGUCCUAAGUCUAAAUUUGGGGUGGAUACAUUCCUAAUAGGAAAUUACAGUGUUAUCUGCGUGACAUUUCCUUAAAGGGAUAUUAAUUUGGAUUAAUGCCCCCUGCCUUUAGUAAUUCUGUCAUAUAGAAUUCUAGAAGAGCUUUUGUCAUCAGGCCGAGGACUUUCUAAGACUCCUGUGCGAGGUAAGGUACGAAUUACAGAAGACAGGACUUGGAGUGGCCUGGUCCUUGUCUACAGGGGGCAUUUAGGGGCUCAUUGGUCCUGGUUUUCAGUCUUUAUAGAAAGAAAGAAAGAAUAUCCAUUGUGAAGACCAGUCACCUUUAUGCACGUGUGUUUUCCGGGCAUUGCUGAAUCCUAUGUCUGGCACCCUAGACGUGUGACCUUCAGUUCCUGAGGGAUGCCCUUGAGUCUCCUCCUUGCAGACAGCCCUGUUUCUAAGUCAUGAUUAGUUUCUUCUGUGUUAGCUUGGUGCUUCAGUCCUCAUGAUAAAGCAUUUUGUGAAUUCCUGCCUGCUGAUGGCUUUUCAGAGGAGUCCGUGCCCUCAAGUAGUUGACGGGAAUGUUUUAGAGAACCUCACGUACUACCAAGUCUCCUCUAGCAGCAUGGUUCCUUCCCUUCCACCCAUGCCAUCAAAGAAGGACACAGCAGGGCUUGCCACGGAGGCCUGCCUACCUCCUAUCUGGGAGAUAGAGUGUGGGGCUCACAGAAUCCCUGGGCUCUCAGUCAUCUUGCAGGAGGCCACCGGGGAUACCCUGAUUCCAGCCACAGUGACUCUUAGUUACCUGCGUCUGCCCAGGUGCACUUGCUCCUGUGCAUGUCUGAAAAUGACUGCUUAUCCUUCUAGUCAAUGUGCUAAGGGAAAGAUAAGAUACUUGUGAAGCAAAUGGAGGAGACCUUAGUUUCAGGGUUUUUAAAGCCUGUGGGGUUGGCACCUUGCUCCUACCCAAUAGAUGCUGGUGGAUGUGCAGCUCUGUGGUUCUCUGUGGACCUGCUUCCCCUUGUGUGCUAUGUAGGAUGCUGUGUGAAGGGCUGGCUCUCAGUUCCUACAAGCAGAGGAGAAAUGCACACACCAUCUAGGAUGGGGGAUUUACAGACAUCUGUUUAACCAUUCUAAAUAUUCAAGAUCAGAUUUCAAAACAUCUCGUUCCAUUUAUUGGACUUGUUUGUGUCCACAACUGUGUUCUCCAAAAUGUGUCUAAAAUUUUAAAAUGUAUACAUGCACAAUACCAUUUUAAAAUCUGAUGGAAAGAAGUUGAUAUCCACAAAAAGUGUUUGGGAUUCUUUGGGUUUGUUAGUAAAAAACAGUUUUGUGGUGA